AUGCAGAUUGACAGAAAAGAGGAGAAAGAAGCGGCCACUUGGCUCAAAUAUAAUAGAGAACCAUGGGCAGAGAUUGAAACUGACUUUGAAUUGAUGCAUCCGGGCAAAGACUUAUUGCUACUGACAAAUUGGGAUACAUUCUAUAAUAAGGUGGAACUUUUAAAAAAAUCUCAGGUUGGUAAAGAGGACCCUAUUCUGGAGGAUAUUUUAAACAAGCCCAGUGCGGAAAAUUCAUCAACAGGAGGUAGGUGUGCAUUGCAGCUGGCAGCCAUAGGGAGACUGAUCCCUCCCAAAGGAAGAAUCAUCCAAAAGGAAAAAAACCACUGGAAAUUUUCCGUUGCCGAAUCUGUCGAUACAAUUUUCAUUUCCUGCAUGAACCAUAGUGACGUGGAAAACAUUGUAGUCAAUCAAAAAGAAAAAGCUUUGAAGCGGAAAAUAUCUUACGGGGAGGUGCAGCCAUAUAUAAUUCUCGUUGGACCACAACUUUCAGAAACAACAACUGCCUAUGUUGUAGUCGACAAAAUUUUAUUUAAACAUACUAGUGUUUUGAAAGCAUUAGAUAUUCUUUUCAAAACUUUCAUCGCACUAGAUUUGAAAUACCCUCCUCCUAGUGAACAUAUUCAUACACUAAUACAAAAAGUGUUUCAUUGUACUACAGGAAAUAUGUCGAAAACGAGACAGCAGUCGCAAAGUUCUUCAGAAGGUGGUUUAUCUGAGGAGAUGAUUGCGAAAAUUUGCAAGCAACAAGCAGGUAUGAUUGGAAAGCAAAUUGAAGACAGAUUCAAACAAUUCGAAUCGUCUCUAAAGUCUAUUUUCGACCAAGUGAGUGAAAACAAAUCCAAAAUUCAAAUUUUGGAAACAAAAAUGGAACACUGUGAACGUAUGUACAAAAUGAAAAACCUCAUCAUAUAUGGAGAACAACAAGCGGCUAAUGAAACACCUGAAAUUUGUGAGAAUAAAAUGAUGAACUUCUUCAAGGAGAAGCUGGAACACGAAAUUUCCUCCUCCGAAAUAGAGCAGUGCUACAGAAUUGGCAAAGUUCAAAACGGCAAGCCUCGCCCAAUUCUCGUGCAGUUCCUAUCGAUAAAAACCAAGAAUCAUAUUUUCAACAAGAAGAAAAUGCUUCGAAACUCUAACUAUUUCAUGAAAGAGGACCUAACAAAAUCAGCAGUGGAAAUGUGGAAGUCAGCUUCCGAAAAAUUGGCAAGACCAAUGUGUGGAGCCAAAGUGGAAGAAUUUUUGCCAUCGUAA